AUGCUUUUGAAGGAAGAUAUGCUCUUCAGGCCCUUCAAAUCACCUAGUACGUGGUGCAAUUUGCGGCUGUUUUUGUUUGUCUUGUCCUGUCUUGUCUUGUCUUGUUAUGUUUUUUUUUUGGAAAUUACAUCAUCUUAUAACCCGCCAGAAGAAAAAGCUCAUGGUCAAAUCUUCAUCGACUUUGCAGUAAAAUUUCGUAUUAAGAAACAAAUCCUUACUCCCAGAAUCCCACUACCUCCCAGAGAACCUGUUCCUGAUAAUCCCUUUUCUCAGCUUAUGACCGGAAUCUCCGCCGUUCCUCACCAAUCUCAACAAUUUUCAUUCGUCCGAAGCUGUGCCCAACUAGAUGAAACAAAAACCCAAAUCCAAGACUUUUUGCCUUUACACAGAGAGAAAUUGAUCAGGAAUCAAACCGUAAUAUCAAAUUUGCACAGUAACGUACGGCAUUACAUGGCAUUAUAUGGAAUUAUAUGGCAUUAUAUGGCAUGGCAUGGCAUGGCAAGGUACGGCACGGCACGGCACUGCACUGCAAGGCACGGCAGAGUACGGCACGAUAUAGCAAAUUUAACUGUUUCGGGAUCUAUUUUUAUCUGCUUCCGCUACAAACCCAAAAUAAUAUAUUUAAUGUCCUAA